AUGGAAGCGAAACAAGCUAUUUAUAAAACCUCUUUAUUGAUAAGAGGUAGUUUUAUUCCGAUGCGAUCAAGAGCACUUCCGGUUUAUUCCUGAUUUUGUUGUAUGUCCAUUUAUAUUGUAGAUAUAUUAUUAUUUCUUUAUACAUAUUUACACUAUGUUAGUAAUAAUUAAAUACCGCUUGUAAUUAACUUAAGAGAGAAUUCUUUAACCAGACUAAGACAAUAGAGAUAUCCUGUAUGAAGUAGUUAAAAGUUCUGUCCAGUCUAUCAAUGCCUUCAUCAAUUUUAAGUCUCACUAUUUAAAUACCUUUCUCAUUAUCUCAUCUCAUAACUACAUUUUUAUGUUAUCUGAUGAUAUUGAAAUAAAGGAAUAACUGUUUAAAACUAAAGAUAAGUUAAUCAAGCUUGGAAUUGAGAUUAUUUGCAAACAUUCUUACUGAGUUGUGUACUGGAAAAUUCUAAAAUUUAAUUGUCUUGGAUAUCUGGGUAUAUUUUCUUAACUGGAGCAAGUUUACUGAACCUUUAAUCAAUGGUUAUUAAUUACUAGAUUCAAUCCUAAUAAUCUACUUGAGAUCCUUUCUUAUGAACCAAAAUAUCAUCACACUUUGUUAAAGAUCAUCGUACAGGUAAAAUAGAUUAAUAGAUAUGGAAAAGAAUGUAGAGCCUGAAACUAUUGAUUCCUCUACUCAUGCAGAGGGAAAUACAGAAGAGAAAUCACAUUUAUGUGAGUUAUGUGAGGAAUUAUUCACAAGAAAGGAUUUAAUUCAACAUCAACUAAUUCACUCAGUCUCAAAGCUGUAUAACUGUGAAGUUUGUGGAAAGACGUUCAAUAAUAGCAGCUUGUUAACUAGCCACAAAGAUAUCCACACUGGAGAAAAAUUAUACCAAUGUUAUAUCUGUGAUGAAAUGUUUUCAACAAAGGACAAUUUGUCAUCUCACACAUGUAUUCAAACAGCUGAAAGACCAUACCGCUGUGAUAUCUGUGGUAAAACAUUUUCUAGAAGCGGUCAGUUAUCUUCCCAUAAAUUUAUUCAUUCUGGAGAGAGACCAUACCAUUGUGAUAUCUGUGGUCAAACAUUUUCUAGAAGCGGACAUUUGGUUAACCACAAGCGCAUUCACACAGGCGAAAGGCCAUACAACUGUGAUAUUUGUGGUAAAAAAUUUUCUAGAAUUAGUGAAUUAUCUUCCCACAAACUUAUUCACUCAGGGGAAAAACCCUAUAACUGUGAUAUGUGUGGUAAAAAAUUUUCUAGAAUUAGUGAUUUGUCUUUCCACAAACGUAUUCACUUAGGUGAAAGGCAAUACCGCUGUCAUAUCUGUGAUAAAAUAUUUUCUAAAAGUACUGAUUUGUCUUCUCAUAAACAUAUUCAUUCAGGAGGACGAACAUACCACUGUGAUAUUUGUGAUACAACAUUCUCUCAAAGUGGUAGUUUAUCUCAACAUAAGCGCAUUCAUACAGGAGAGAAGCCAUACCAGUGUGAUAUUUGCAAGAAAAAAUUUUCUACUAGCAGUUAUUUGUCCACCCACAAACGUACACACACAGGAGAAAAACCUUACCACUGUGAUAUCUGUGGUAAAACGUUCACUCGAAGUAGUACUUUAUACCAACAUAAACCUAUACAUACAGGAGAAAAACCAUACCAUUGUGAUAUUUGUGGUAAAAAAUUUUCUACAAAUCGUAAUGUAACUCGACAUAAACGUAUCCACAUUGGGAAAAGACCAUACCACUGUGAUGUCUGUGAUGAAACAUUUUCUACAAGAAGUCGCUUGUCUUCCCACAUACGUACUCACACAGGAGAAAGAUCAUUGUAACUCUGUGAUAAAACAUUUGCUAAAAUUGGGGGGGUUUUUUCUUUGCUGAUAUUUGUUCAGUCAAAAGAAAAACCGUCAUAGCACUGUGAUAUCGUAAAAUAUUCUUACAAAAUGGUACUUUAUCGCUACAGAAAUAUUUUUGUGCUGGCGAAAGACCAUAUCACUGGGAUAUCUGUAGUGAACAGGUAAUAGAAGUGGUGAUUUAACUUAUUAUCAGUGUAAUCGCACAAGAGGUAAAUCAUGGCUAUGUGAGAUCUCAUCUUUGCCCACUUAAUCCUUGGAUUGUCUUGACGGCAGAAUCCUCAAGCACAGCCGCCAUUGGAUUCUGUCAGAAGCAGCUGUCUCCAAUUGAUCCAGUUGUGUCUCCUGCUAGUUGAGUUUGCGCACAAGACCUACCCAACGAUUCUUUCCCAAGACAUUCUUACCACAUGUCUGUAAUAUCAGAGAAGUAGUGGCUCUAUAAGGAACACCACUCUAAUCUCUGAGCUAUGCACUCUAUUGAGUAAUGUUACUCCAGAGACUCUUUGGAGGAACCCCAAUUCGGCUGCUUGUAUUUGCAAUCAUAUUCUUUUGGUCAUUACCCAAGAUUUAUGAUCAUAGGUAAGAGUUGGCACAAACACCAAAUUGAAGAUAGCGAGUUUGGCUGUUACACCUACCUCUUUUCUUCUGAUGACCGUAUGUUGAAGCUAGUGCAUUACUGCAUCAGCUCCUGCAAUUCUUGCAUUUAAUUCAGCCUCAUGCUUUUUAUUGCUCAUGAACAUGGCCUCAAGAUUCUUAAAUUUUUCCACCUACUUCAGUGGAACCCUACUCAUAUGCGGAGUGCAUUGCACAGGCUUCCUUUAGGAGAUAAGUGUAUCAAUCUUUGCAGCACUGAUUUUCAUUCCUGUUGAGCAGCACUCGGCAGCAAACAUCAAGUGCAUGCUGGAGACCACCUUCCAAUGAGUUAAGUAGUACCAUGUCGUCUGCAAGUUCCAGCCAACUGAUCCUAUACAUCCCCGGUCUGAAUGUUACUUCCAACCUCGCUGUGCAUGUCAAACCUGUCUGUAAAGAUUAUGAACAGGAAAGGUGACAGUAUGCACUUUGGUGGAGUUCAACACCUAUAUCGAAUGGUUUUAACUUAUCACCAUUUAUCCAAACACAAAUACUAGGAUAUUCAUAUAGGCUCUAUGUGAGAUCUAUGGUAAAUAUUUUCUACAGAUAACAACAUAUUUUGUAAUAAAUAAUUUUUUUUUUAA